GCCCCGUCCGCUCCCGCCAUCCCGCCCCGCGCUGCAGGCGAGCGGCGCUGGGCCCUCCCCCAGCGGUGCGGCCGAGCAGCGGAGGGCGGCGUCCGUACGGCGGGGCCGGCUGUGCUGUGCUGUGCUGUGCUGUGCUGUGCUGUGCUGUGCUGUGCUGUGCUGUGCUGUGCUGUGCUGUGCUGUGCUGUGCUGUGCUGUGCUGUGCUGGGAGCCUUGCGCGGUCGCUGAGCGCGAGCUGUCCCACGCAGCUGUCUCAGCCCGCGCAAUGGCUUCAGGAACAGCCCUGAUUUACGAUGAGGCAAUGACCAGACAUAGGCUACUUUGGAACGAUCCUAUUUGUGAUAUUGAAGUACCAGAAAGACUGUCAGCCUCCUAUGAGCAGCUUCAGUGUUACCAUCUUGUGGAAAGGUGUGUCCCUGUGCCUGCUAGAGAAGGAAGCGAGGAGGAGAUCCUCUUAGUUCACAGUUCAGAGCACUUGGAAGUUGCGAAAAGCACACAGACAAUGAACGAGGAGGAACUGAAAAGAAUCUCUGGAAAUUAUGAUUCUUUUUUCUUUCAUCCGAACACUUACUGCUGUGCCAGACUAGCUGUAGGAGCAACUUUGCAACUAGUGGACUCUGUGAUGUCAGGAAAAGUGUGCAAUGGAAUGGCGUUAGUAAGACCUCCAGGUCACCACAGUCAGAGAAAUGCAGCAAAUGGAUUCUGUUUGUUCAACAACGUUGCUAUUGCAGCAGAAUAUGCAAAACUGAAAUAUGGUCUGCAGAGAAUCCUAAUUGUUGACUGGGAUGUGCACCAUGGGCAAGGAACUCAGUAUAUAUUUGAAGAAGAUCCGAGUGUUUUGUAUUUUUCCUGGCAUCGCUAUGAACAUCAGGAAUUCUGGCCAUCACUCAAAGAAUCUGAUUAUGAUGCUGUGGGCUUGGGAAAAGGAAAAGGUUUUAAUAUAAAUUUGCCUUGGAAUAAGGUUGGGAUGGGAAAUGCAGAUUAUCUUGCUGCAUUUUUUCAUGUGUUGCUUCCAAUGGCUUUUGAGUUUGAUCCAGAACUGGUGCUUGUCUCCUCUGGCUAUGAUUCAGGAAUUGGAGACCCUGAGGGUCAGAUGAAUGCCACUCCUGAAGUCUUUGCCCACCUUACCCAUUUCCUGAUGCAGUUAGCUCAUGGAAAGCUUUGUGUCAUCCUGGAGGGUGGGUACCACUUGAAGUCCUUGUCUGAAUCAGUCUGCAUGACUGUAAAAACUUUGCUAAGAGAUCCUCUACCUCAGGUAACUGGAGAAAUGGCACCUUGCCUCAGUGCUAUUGAAUCUAUUCAAAAUGUGAGAGCAGCACAUAAACCCUACUGGAAAUGGUUGAUGUAUGAAGACACAUCAUUUUUGCACACUUUGAGCACCAAAUCAGACUUACUGAAGACUGCUGAUACAAAUCCCUCUACAGAUGAUGAAGCUCAGAUAACUGACAGCAAUGAAACUGACAAAACAGAAAGAUUUUUGGAAUUGCACAUGAAAAAUAUAAUAUUUCCAGUGCCUCCCAUCAGAACAGCAACAACAGCUGAGUUGAAAGCUUCAGCACACCCCAGCACCUUCCCAGUAGACAUCCACGUGGUGAAGGAAAUGGACAAAAAUGAAAUAAAAGCUCUUGUCAGUGAUUUUCAUGGGGAUUUUGUGGAAGAGAACAAAACUUUGCCCUCUCUUGGCAGUACGUUGACCAUCCUAGAUAAAAUACUUAAGAAAGAGGUAUGCAGUGGAAUUGCAGAAUCACCUGCAGCUUCUGCUUCUGUUGCUGUUGCACUGAGACAUUCUCUUCAUUUUGGGUUUCAGAGAGUUCUUUGCAUCUUUGUUGGAGACAUGCAAAUCAUGCCAAACACGGAAGAUGGAAAAAUACUUAUCAUACAUGUUUGCAAGAAAGAACAGACCGGAAAGAGCAGCUCUAAACACUAUAUUGUGCUAAACUGGAAAGAGGAUGCUGACGGGAAUGACUUCUUUUCUGCUGUACUUGGAUUCAUUCUUCCUGUAGCAUAUAGUUACCAACCCAACUUGAUAGUAAUAGCUGUUGGACCACACAGGAGCCUUGGAAUAAGUGGGAUUUCUCUUCUUUUUGGUUUGCUACAAGGACUAGCAGAAUCUCGAAUUCUUGCAGUGAUUGAGGACACAGACAUAAAUCUAAUGCAAAAUGUAGCCAAGGCACUUGUAGGUGCUUCUGUGCCUCACUUUGGAGUUCAUGUGCCUCCUACCCAAGAAAAAGUAAAUCAAAUAAAAAUAUUAAGAAACCAGCUUCAGCAGGACUGGAAAAUGCUUCAGUGCUCAGUGAAGGAUGGGAUUUAAAAGAAGUUGACUUCACUUUAAAACCGUUUUACGCAGCAGAAGAAAAUGUGACACUUCAUUUUGCCUUUUAAGUCACCAGGGAAAAAAAGAUGGUUGGUGUCUAAGCAGAGGAGGAGCCAUUUACAGUUACCUCUUGUUUUUAAAAUACAUACAAUCCGUGUUUUCAGCUAGAGUACUAUGCUUGUAAAUUCUGUAUUGACAUUAAUUAUGCAAAGCUGACACUUGAAGCCUAGUCCUCUGCUUAGUUACUGCACACUGGGGCCUGUGUCAUGUGUGACUGUAAAGAUGGGCCUGUACAGGCACUGUGUGAAUGUUUGCAAAGUUCAGAAGAUGGGAACCUGAAACGAGCGAUCGUAAUAGCCAAGCAUUUCGGAAUAACUCAGUGUAACACCUAAGUGCUUCUACUGCUGCCACUACCACCAUUUCACUGGGAGUUUGAACUUAACAACAGGUCCUUCAGGUUAAUGAUAUUUUCCUAGGACUUAAAAGGAUUUACCAAAUGUGGUCUUUUCUUUAAUUCUGCAGCUGACUGAUGAGAGAACGUUAAAGGAUAGCAGCCCCACAGCAGCAGUGUGUGCAUUUCCCUCAUCCUUGCUAUGUGGUUGAGAUUAAAUUUAAUUUCCUGAGCUAUGCAGGACACAAGGAGGAAAAAAAAUACUUUGCAUAUAUAAAAUUAUCAAUAUGUAAUUGAGUAAAGCAGUGUAAAGAUUGAAAUAACAUUUAUGGAAUAUAUACAUGCUGUAAAUAUUCUGGGGUAGGGAGCUUCAGUCUGCCCUCCUUUCAAAUGUAAGUUUUUAUAUUAAAAAAUAAGAAGCACUGUUAUUACAUUUUGGAGGUGGACUAGGGCUGACAGCUCCUGAACUAUGAAAACUAAAGGGACUUCUGGGGGCAGCAGCCACACUGUGCCUUGGUUUUCAGCGCUCACCUUCCUGUACUCAUUUCCAGGAGUGCAUCUCUGUCACUGUGACUUCAGUAAUGUAACCUUCCACUUUCAAACGCUUAAAAUUACAUGUAUCUGUUAGACUGGAUUCCUACUGCUGUUGGUACUGGGAUCAACUGCACUCACUCUGAUGAACUAAAUCAGUCUUCAUAGUCCUAUUUUUAGGACUGUUUUAGGACAACUUGGUGUCCAAGGCGUUCUUUCCCAGGGAGGAUCCCACUUUUCUUUUUUGCUGCCAUGAAUUUCUGUGGGGGGAUAGAGGUGUUGUACUUUCAUAGGUAUUUUUUUCCUAAGAUGUAGGUUAAACGGAUUAAAACAUGGCUAAGAAGGCACAACUGUAUUUUCAAUAAAACAACUUUUCAAGUACUGUCAGAA